GCGCAGGGGGAUGGGGCGACGGUGACGCGAUUCUGUCCGCGUUGGAGGGGCCGGGCCGCUGCCGGAGUCGCCGCGGCUGCCGCGUGACGUGGCAUAGCCGAAGAUUUAACGCCAGAGCCGGAGCAGCCCCGCCAGUCGUCAAGCAGGUCAUCACCCCGCUAAUUCCUUCCCGGAGGGGAGCUCCGUCCUACACAUCGGCUGGCGAGCCGUCCCUGCGGCCCUCAGCUCCUCUUUCCUCCCUGAGUUUGCCGGGAGCGUGAAAGAAGGCUCGGGGUCGCGCCAAACCCCUUCUGCUUCUGCCCAUCGCAAGUGCCACUACCGCCAUGGGCCUCACCAUCUCCUCUCUCUUCUCCCGUCUCUUCGGCAAGAAGCAGAUGCGCAUUUUGAUGGGCUCCGGACACGCAGGCUCAGCGGCCAUGGCUCACAGGCCCAGCCGCUCCGCAGCAUGUGGGAUCUUCCCGGACCAGGGCACGAACCCGUGUCCCCUGCAUCGGCAGGCGGACUCUCAACCACUGCGCCACCAGUUGGGUUGGAUGCUGCUGGCAAGACCACCAUUCUGUAUAAACUGAAGUUAGGAGAGAUAGUCACCACCAUUCCUACCAUUGGUUUUAAUGUGGAAACAGUAGAAUAUAAGAACAUUUGUUUCACAGUAUGGGAUGUUGGUGGUCAAGAUAAAAUUAGGCCUCUCUGGAGGCAUUACUUCCAAAAUACCCAGGGUCUUAUUUUUGUGGUAGAUAGCAAUGAUCGUGAAAGAAUUCAGGAAGGAGCAGAAGAGCUGCAGAAAAUGCUUCAGGAAGAUGAGCUGCGAGAUGCUGUGUUGCUGCUUUUUGCAAACAAACAGGAUUUGCCGAAUGCUAUGGCCAUUAGUGAAAUGACAGAUAAAUUAGGUCUUCAGUCUCUUCGUAACAGAACAUGGUAUGUUCAAGCCACUUGUGCUACACAAGGAACCGGUCUGUAUGAGGGACUUGACUGGCUGUCAAAUGAGCUUUCAAAACGUUAAAUGAAACUGGAUAUCUAACCAAGGACAUGUUUGAUAGAAUUGGUCUAGGCUUGUUACAACAAAAUUAGUUUGCAUCUUGGUUUUUAAACAAUAUGUGGGACUGGUUUGGGCAGAAUAUUACAGCGUUUAAACUUAUUUUGUUGCCAAUUAUUGUUUACCAAGUAUAAUGUUGCCAUUUAGCAAUAUGCUUGGUUUUAAAGAGAUUCUCUUAACUUGGGGAAAAAAACUGUCCUCUUUUAAUUUUACUUCCCUUAAGCCUAAAUGCCUGGACAUAGCUAAUGUGACACCUUUAAAUAAAUCCAUUUUGAAUGUUUUUUUGAGCCCACAACAAAUAAUGUUUUAAAGUUAUCCCCUUGCUACUUUACUGAUACGUUUAUCAUUCCUGGGACAGUCUGCUGAUUUAAAAAAUGUAGCAUUCCAUUUGUAUUUAUUUUUCUCCCUUGCCAAAAAAGAUUUUUUAAUACUGCUUGUACCAGCCAGGGAAAUGCUCCAAAACACUAUUCAGAUCUUUUGCACUGAGGAACUUAUAUUUCCCUCCCAUUAUUAACUCCUGGCUUCCAUCGGCCAAGCUUACCUUGGUGUGGUUUGGAUUUGAUAGCUAAUUAGUUCUGUGCUAGUUGCAAAGAGUUCAUAUUGAGAUGAUUUUUAAUACUCAGCAGAUUGUCUUCCUUUAUAUUAUAUCUUUUUUAUGUUGCAUGUUGCUUUUGGUAUCAGCCUGACUCUUGGCCCAGUAUAUGAUAGUUCUGCUGAUGUUUUAUUGUUUGUUGGUGAACAUGUCUUCAUUAAGAGUUUUGGAAAACUCAUCAGACUCAAUAAGUUUUCUUCAUAACCCAUUUGGAAUUAUUCCUAAUAAAAUGAUAAAACAUGUAA